CAACCCCCACUUGACUUAGCUCAGUCUCAGUCUCGACGUCUCCUCCCGGCCGGCCGCCUCCACCGCACCGGAUCUCGUCUCCGUCCGGCCACCUCCGCCGCACCGGAUCCCGCCGCCGGCGGCAUCAACCUGUCCGGAUCUGCGGAGUACCCGGCUACAGGGCCUGGAGCUUCAGUAUAUAACAAAUCCCAACUUGACAGACACGAGCCAUGGCGAUGGUGGCAGUCGGGGGUAUGGUCGCCUCUGCCGUCAUCAAGCUGGUGAUUAAACAGAUCGGUUCCGCCAUCGGAGGCGAGAUCAAGCUGCACUGGAACAUGAAGAAGGAUCUCGAGCAUAUGAAAACGACGCUGGAGUGGGUGGAGGCCGUGCUCAGCGAUGCCGAGACGCUGUCUGUCACGGAUAACUCGGCCCGUAUGUGGCUGAAGCUGCUCAAGGACGCCAUGUACGACAUCUCCGACCUGCUUGAUGACUUCGAAGCUGACACCGACUUGUGGGCGGCUACGAUGAAUAUGAUUAAGAUGCCACGUAAGAUGAAGAAGAUGCAAAAGCGCCUACAAAAGAUAGCAGAUGACCGUGACAAGUAUCGUGUUCUACCAGAAACUCGCAACGAGGAGAAGCAAGUUCCUGAUAUCCGGGAGACAGCAGGGAAUGUGGAUGAAGCAGAAAUCAUUGGAAGGACUGAUGAAAAACUGGAAAUCUUGGCUCGUAUAUCUGGAAGCACCACCCAAGGGACCACCAUCCUUCCCAUAUGUGGCAUUGGAGGCAUUGGAAAAACCACCUUGGCGAGAUUAGUUUUCACUGAUUCUGAGUUCAAGGAAUACUCUCGGGCAUGGGUCUAUGUGUCCCAGAAAUUUGACCUGAAAAAGAUUGGCAACACCAUAAUAUCACAACUAUCACCGGGGAUCCCGAUACUUGAUGAUUUGCAUAGUAUUCAUACUCGUCUCCAAGAGCUGUUUACUGGUAAGAGGAUCCUGAUCGUUUUGGAUGACCUGUGGGAGAGGGAUUCUUCUCGGCUACAAGAAUUGAAGGCUAUGCUGAAGCAGGGUGAGGCAAGCAAGGUGCUGGUUGUGGUUACCACACGCGAAAAACACAUUGCAAAAGAAAUUGGCACUGUUGAUCCAUUCGAAUUGCCUCCCUUGUCAGAUCAGAAGUGUUGGGAUAUACUAAAAGUUAAAAGCAAGUUUGAAACAAGGCAGGACAAAGAGCGCUUGGAGCCUAUUGGAAAGGAAAUUGCAAAAAAGUGUGGAGGUGUGGCUUUAGCUGCUCAAUCGCUUGGGCACAUGUUGAAAUCCAAGACAUAUGAUGUAUGGGAUUCCAUCAGAUCCAACCAUAUCUGGAAUCUAUCUGCGUCCAAAGAAACACUGUCUACACAUGAAGUGCUUGCAUCCUUGUUGUUAAGCUACAACUUCAUGCCUCCACACUUGAAGUUAUGCUUUGCUUAUUGUGCAAUCUUUCCAAAAGGACACAGCAUGACCAGUGAUGAUCUAAUUCACCAAUGGAUUGCUCUUGGAUUCAUGGAGCCAUCUAGUACAUUCUCUACUUGGCAGCUCGGUGAGAGCUAUAUUACAAAGCUUGUGGAGAUGUCAUUUCUUCUACAUUCAAAUGUUAACACCCGAUAUCUUAGAGGAAAAAAAGGUGCUACAUGGUUCAUGAUGCAUGACCUGGUGCAUGACCUCGCAAGAUCGGUCAUGGCUGACGAAUAUAACUUAGAGGGCCCCAACUGCCGCUAUGCAUGGCUGACAGAUUGUAGGAUGCCAUUGAAGUCGUCCAAAAAUUCACCUGCAAAAAUAAGAUCGCUGCACUUUGCAGACAAAGUUUCGAAAAGCGAUGCAUUUUCACCAGCUAAACAAGUCCGUGUCUUAGAUUUAAUCAUAGACAGUAUGCAUGAUUUGACAGUUUCUAUUGGUCAACUGAAGCAGUUGAGGUAUCUUAGCCUUUCAUGUGGUGAGGUUCCAAUUAAUCCCAGGGUUAUUGGUGUGCUCUCGAAGUUGAAUUAUCUUACAAUUCAUUCCAAUGGUCUUAGAGUAUUGCCAGCCUCGAUUGGUGAAAUGAAAUAUCUGAUGCAUCUUGAUUUAUCUUGUUGUUCGAACCUAGAAGAACUUCCAUUGUCAUUUGCAGAGAUCAGAGAGUUGGUAUAUCUGGAUUUAUCAGGCUGCUCUCGUGUUUCAGGAGUACCCAAAGUUUUGAGUGGCCUAACUAAACUCCAAUAUUUGGGUUUACAAUUAUGUCAAAACCUCAGAGGGCUGCCCAAUGUCAUCAUCAAUCUCAUCGCACUCCGAUAUUUAAAUCUAUCAGAUUGCUUCCGGCAUAUCUUUGAUGACAACUCAAGGGAUCAAACUGAGAGUUUCAUUGACCGUAUAUGCACCCUUCCCAAUAUGAAGCAGCUGGAUUUGUCUGAGAAUGCUUAUCCUCUUACAAUACCAGAUAGCGCAAGCCACCUGACCAAGCUGGUGCUGGAUCGGUGCCGCCAAAUUAUUCGGCUUCCAGAGUUUGUAGACAACAUUCUUUUUGACUACUCAGGUGCCACUAUGCGGAACUUCUAUGUAUACGCAGGUGACACUAGUAGCAGUAAUAUACAUAUGCUUGAGCAUGCAAGUGCUGCUGAACUGUCAAUCUUCUGUCUUGAAAAUGCGAAGUCCCCAGAAGAGGCACGCAGUAUAAAUCUCAGUGAGAAACAUACCAUCCUAGGAUUGACUUUAUCGUGGAACAGUCGUGAAAAUAGAUCUGUGGAUGACAUGGAGUUGGUGACGGAGCUAGUGCCACCAACCACUUUGCAGAGAUUUAAAAUAGAGGGCUACUGCAGUGUUGGAUUUCCACACUGGCUAAUGAGUAUGAGCAACCAUCUCCCUAAUCUUGUCGAGCUGACGAUGGAGGAUUUGCCAAACUGCAAGAGUGUACCGCCCCUUUGCCAACUACCAAACCUCCGAGGGAUUAGGCUCGUCAGAAUGAAAAUCCUGGAAGAAUGGGACACAUCAUACUUGAGUGAUGAGGACAGUGUGAAUGAGCUUAAGGAAGUGUGGAUACAUGAUUGCCCCAAGUUGAGGAUAAGACCACACCUUCCUAGAGCAGCAUCUUGGUCUAUAAGAAAAAACAAUAAUGUGCUCCUACCACAGCGGGAGAGCAUGCCACAUAUUGAUUGUCUGACAGUGAUAGCUGGAGACAGCAACAUGCCUCUUCAUGAGUGGGCUUUUCUUCACCACCUACUCUCCCUCAGGGAGUUAAGACUUUUUGACUGCAGUAACAUCAAUUUGACGAUCUCUCCAGAUGUAUGCGGGGCCCUCCAUUCCCUUCAGGUACUGGAUGUACGGAACCACGAGAAGCUAGAGGAAUUGCCCAAUAGCAUGAGGCAACUCACAAAGCUACAAUCAUUAGGACUGUGCGGCUGUCCUAGCUUGAGACAGCUGCCACAAUGGAUAGGAGAACUCGUGUCGCUCAGGAAACUUGAAAUGUGGUCCUGCAGUGCCAUCAUGACUCUGCCAGACAGCAUACAACAGCUCACAGACCUCCAAAAAUUGAGAAUAAUCGACUGCAACCCUGAGUUAAUUAAGUGGUGUAACGCAGAUGAGAACCGGACGAAGCUUGCUCACAUAGAACAAAAGGUUAUAUGUGAUAUAUGUGAUUUGCCCUAUAUCUCCUGAUGGGGAUGGGCUGCGGUUGCUGUACCCUUGCGUGGCCCUUGCUGCGAAUGAAGAGAAGGCGGCCACGCGGGAAAGAAGAAAGCAACAGCGCAAAAUCAAACGUUCAUAUUGGAUAAUACCACGCAGAGAGCUCCAACGGCCCAGGUUGUUACUGAUUCUAUGAACACUUGUUGUCUCUUGUGAAGAAGAACAACUCUGAUUGUUUUAGAGUUAGAGUUGUCGCUCUUUAUCCUCCUCAAUUCUAUUUCGUCACUUUGUUGCUGUUGUCUCUCCUCUGUUUCGCCACUCUGCUGUUGUUUUGUUAUUGUCAAUAUUGAAAUGAAAUCCAUAAUGGCACUUCC